AUGGCUGGAAUUGGCAAGACCUAUCUCGCCGAGCAAUUGUCCAAGAAACUGAAGGCGCAGAUCACUCGUUACGUGUUUAUCAAGGCAAAUGGAUUAGAUAAGCUGGAACUCCAAAAGACACUUGUCCAAGGUUUACUUGUGAAUCAAGAUAUAAACUGCGGUAAUGGGAAUGCACUUGAGCUGUCGAAAGAUCGUCUUCUGAAGAACAAAGUUGCGGUUGUACUCGAUGACGUGAGUGACACGGAACAAGUAAAUGCGCUUCUUGGGAACUGUGAGUGGAUUAAGAAGGGAAGCAGAAUCGUCAUCACUACACGGGACAAGUCACUGCUCAAUGGACUUACCACCUGCGAUCUCUAUGAGGUCCCCAAGUUGAAUGACAAAGACAGCUUAGACCUCUUUACCACUCAAAUCUGUACUACUCUUGAAGGAAAAUUCAUGGAGCUGUCUAGAAAGUUCGUAGGUUAUACAGGAGGAAACCCAUUAGCUCUCAAGGAAUUUGGUGUGGAGCUUUACGGGAAAGACGAGGCUCACUGGGAAACAAGGCUUGGAACAUUGACACAACGUGUCGGAAAGGAGUUGAGAAACAGCUAUGAUAAACUAAACGAGCAGGAGAAGGAUGCGUUUCUUGAUAUAGCCUAUUUCUUCAGAUCCCAAGAUGAGAACUACAUCAGAAGUUUACUUGAUUCUUUUGACCCUGAAUCCACCGAAGCUGAAAAGGUUCUUAGAGGUCUCGCAGACAAGUUCUUGAUUAACAUAUGCAAUGGUCGAGUUGAGAUGCAAGAUCUACUCUUUACAAUGGCCAAGGAACUUGUUGAUGAAGCUACUCCAGGGAAAUACAAGCUAUUGACGUCGAACUGUGCAGAGUUUACUAGUGCGUUGGAAAAUAAAGAGGGAAGAGAAAAGGUUCGAGGAAUUUUUCUAGACGUGUCUAAAAUGGAGGAAAUGCCUUUAGACUACCAAGCCUUUGUCGGUAUGAGCAGCCUACUGUACCUGAAAGUCCACGAUCCUGACCAUAGUGAAGCUAAGUGCAAGUUAAACUUACCUGAUGGACUUGAAUUCCCAAAAGAUAAUAUUCUCCGAUAUCUCCAAUGGAUAAAAUUCCCAAGAAAGGAACUUCCAUCAGACUUCGAACCCAAGAAUCUUAUCGAUCUUAAGUUGCCUUAUAGCAAGAUUACCAGUGUAUGGAACCGUGCUCAGGUUUCUCCAAAUCUGAAGUGGGUUGAUCUGAGUUACUCGAGUAUGUUGACUUCCAUUUCAAGUCUAUCAGAUGCUCCAAAUCUUUUGAGAUUAAACCUUGAAGGCUGUAUAAGUUUGGAGGAGUUACCUAGAGAUUUGCAAAAGAUGAAGAAUCUCAUCUUCCUAAACCUAAGAGGAUGCACAAGCCUUUUGUCUCUGCCAAAGAUCACAAUGGAUUCCCUGAAGACUCUCAUACUCAGCGGCUGCAAAAAGCUUCAAACAUUUGAGGUGAUUUCAGAACAUAUAGAAACUCUCUACUUAAACGAUACUGCAAUAGAUGGACUUCCUCCAACCAUUGGUGAUCUCCACAAACUUAUCUUAUUAAAUUUGAAAGACUGCAAAAAUCUGGUGACUCUUCCUGAUUGUCUUGGAAAGCUUAAAUCUCUUCAAGAAAUCAAACUCUCUCGUUGUUCGGAGAUCAAGAUUUUCCCCAAGUUUACGGAGAACAUGGAGAAUUUGAGGCUUUUAUUGCUUGAUGGAACAUCAAUAACUGAGAUGCCAUGCAAUAUUAUCAACUUAUCUUUCCUACAAAGUAUAUGCUUAAGUAGGAAUGAUAACAUCAUUAGCCUACAAUUUGACAUGAGUCAACUGUUUCAUCUGAAGUGGCUCGAGUUAAAGUAUUGUAUGAAUCUUACAUCUCUUCCGAAGCUUCCACCGAAUCUCCAAUGCUUAAAUGCAUAUGGUUGUACUUCACUAAAAACAGUCGCCAGUCCACUUGCUCUUCUUACAUCAACUGAGCAGAUUCAAUCCACCUUCAUUUUCACUAACUGUCACGAACUCGAACAAGUCUCAAAGAAUGCUAUCAUAUCAUACGUUCAAAAGAAGAGCGAGUCGAUGUCAGAGGAUCGAUAUAAUAAGGAUUUCAUUUUCAAUUCCUUGAUCAGUACUUGCUUUCCUGGAUGUGACAUACCCACAUGGUUCAACCACCAAGCAUUUGGAUCAGUCUUAAAGUUGGAGUUUCCUCGAGAUUGGAAUGAAGGUAGAUUAAAUGGUAUAGCUCUAUGUGUUGUAGUCUCGUUUAAGGAUUAUAAAGACCAAAACAACGGUCUCCAAGUAAAAUGCACUUGUGAGUUCACUAGUGUAUCCUUGAGCCGGGAAAGCUUCAUUAUCGGUGGUUGGCCUGAACCAGGCGAUGAGCCACAUAAGAUUGAGUCGGACCAUGUCUUCAUUGGCUACACAACUUUCCUCAGUACCAAGAAACGUCAACAAUCUUCAGCAGCUACCGAAGUUUCCCUUGGAUUCGAAGUGACGACAAAUGGUACAUAUGAGGUUUUAGAAUGCAAAGUGAUGAAGUGUGGUUUCGCUUUGGUAUACGAGCCCGAUGAAGCUGAGAACAAAUCUUGGGAGGCAAACAUUGAUGCAACUCGGAAGAUGGAGAAUGUUAAGCAAGACCAAAUAAGCUCUCAUAAAAGUAUAGAAGAUGAUGAUGAUUGCCUGGGUGAAGCCAACUCUGGUAGAAUUUCAACAAUAGAAGAAUCGAAAAAAGAGAGGGGAUUCUUCAAAAGUUUUGGAAAAAGUUUUAGAGGAUGA